AUGCAACUCCAAGAUGUUCAUGUUAUUAUAUUCAUAGUGUUUGGUUUCCUGGCCAUGUUCUUUGUAUGAUAUGGUUUCAGUGGAUAAGGGUUUAACGUGCUGUUGACAGCCAUGGCCAUCCAGUGGGCCGUCUUGAUAAAUGGCUUCCUGCUGCCACAACGACAACACAGGAGAGAGAUCCUCAUCAGUAUGAAGAGUGUGAUUGAGGCGGAGCUCUUUGCAGCAUCCGCUCUGGUUGCCAUGGGAGCGGUCCAUGGGAAGACAAAUCCUGUCCAGCUUUUACUGAUGGCUCUGGUUGAGGUCACAGGAUUUGUGGUCACUCAGUGGAUCCUGCGGGCUCUGCUCAAUGCAAGAAGAAUAUCCUCCCUUUCUCUUUUCCUCACAGGAACACUAUUCCUGUGGAUGUUCUGGCCCAGUUUUAACUCUGCACUGGUGGGAGCUAACAGGAGGGAGAGAGGACUAAAGCUUACUGUCAUUUACGGGACAUAUCUGUCACUGGCUGUCAGUUUUAUCAUGGCGAUGUGUGUCUCUAUGCUCACUAGCUCCAAAGGAAAGAUGAACAUGGUUCACAUCCAGAGCUCUGCCCUGUCUGGUGGUGUUGCCAUUGGAGUUGCAAUGACAGCAGUCCACGCACCGUGGAUUGCCAUGACGAUUGGAUUCUGUGCAUCUCUCUUAUCAGCCUUGGGAUGCUGGUACAUGAAGAAUCACAUGCUGUUUGCUUUUGAGUGUCAUGACACCACCAAAAAAAUUUUUUUAGGAGGAAUGAGUAUAUGGAGACUCCAGCAGAACAGGAAGUGCUUUGAUGACCAGGCAUUCUGGGAGGUGAACGAAUUUGUUAAUUUGCAUCAGUUUAAAUAG